AUGGCGGCCCCCGGGGUGGAGGCGCGGGCGCUGUUCGCGGAGGGGGUUCGGGCCGUGCUGGGGGGGUGGGCGGCGCUGCAGCUGGCGGUGGCACAGGGCUUCGGGGGGCCGCAGGGUCCCGAAAAGGCUGCGUGGCUCAGCUCGGCGCUGCUCGAUUUUUUCACGCAGAACGCUGACCUGGAGCAGGAGGAGGUUGAAGAUUUCCUGGCCGAGGUGAUGGACAACGAGUUCGACACGGUGGUGGAGGACGGCAGCCUGCAGCAGGCCAUGGAGUGCGGGACGCCCCCGCCCCCCUCGGACGGCUGGACCGUGGUGCAGCGGCGGCGGCGGCGAUGAUGGGGGGAGGGGUGUCCUGUGUGUCCCCCCCCAGCUUGGGGGACACCCCUCCCCCACCCUGCUCCCCAAACUGGGGGGGAAUAAAGGCC